GUCGCGCCCGUGACCCUGCACGUGUAUGAUGUCGGGCGGUCGGUGCAUACGGGCCGCAUCAACUCCUUCGGCGCCGCCACGCGGGCCGGCGGCGUCUUCCACGGCGCGAUCGAAGUCUACGGCAAGGAGUUCACCUUCGCGGGGUCCAACAAGGCCAUGCCGGGCAUCUUCAGCUCGAACCCGCGCAAGUGCCCCUUCCACACCUACCGCGAGUCCAUUUACCUGGGGGACUGCGGCCUGACGCGGCGGCAGACGUUGGCCAUCUUGCAUCGCAUGGCCGCGGACUGGAUGGCGCCGACCUACAAUUUACUCUUGAAGAACUGCUGCUUCUUCUGCAAGGAGUUUGCUUUGGAGCUCGGCGUGGGCACGAUCCCCGGCUGGGUCUACGAGCUCGCGAAAGUCGGC